UCCCUCUCAUCUUCUCCCUGCCUCCCUCGUCCCCGCCGCUCCCUUAACUUGCCCCGCCUGGCCUGGACGAGGGACUGGCUGGCUUGGCUUCCCCGGUGCAGUGCCCCCCAUUCCCCGGUGCAAGCCCCCCGAGCCCAGCACAGACCCACUGGCAGAGCCCCCCGGUGCCCACAAGCAGGGCAGCCCCGGGCUGGGCAGAGGCAGGUCCUCCUCGUGGGCACUGGGCCCCCCCCCCCCGACUGAGCCGCUUUGGGGGAGCCGCCGUCCAGCCCCCAGGCCUUGGCCGGGUCAUGGGGGCCCCCCACACCGGGCCGGGGGGCGUGCAAGUCGGGGCCCUUCUGCUGCUGCUGCUCCUGGGGGGCCUGGGGCUGGCAUCGGGGCUCAGCCUGGAGCCCGUGUACUGGAACUCAGCGAACAAGAGGUUCCAGGCGGAGGGUGGUUAUGUGCUCUACCCUCAGAUCGGGGACCGACUUGACCUGCUCUGCCCCCGGGCCCGACCUCCAGGCCCUCACUCCUCUCCCAAUUAUGAGUUCUACAAGCUGUACCUGGUAGGGGGUGCUCAGGGCCGGCGCUGUGAAGCACCCCCGGCCCCGAAUCUCCUCCUCACUUGCGACCGGCCAGAACUGGAUCUGCGCUUCACCAUCAAGUUCCAGGAGUACAGCCCCAACCUCUGGGGCCAUGAGUUCCGCUCACACCAUGAUUACUACAUCAUUGCCACCUCUGAUGGGACCAGGGAAGGCCUGGAGAGCCUGCAGGGAGGUGUGUGUCUGACCCGAGGCAUGAAGGUGCUUCUCCGUGUGGGACAGAAUCCCCGAGGAGGGGCUGCCCCCCGAAAGCCCGUGUCGGAAAUGCCCUUGGAGAGAGACCGAGGAGCCGCCCGCCUGGAGCCCGGGAAGGAGACCCUGCCAGGUGACCCCACCAGCAAUGCAACCUCCCGGGGUGCUGAAGGCCCCCUGCCUCCUCCCAGCAUGCCCGCAGUGGCCGGGGCAGCGGGGGGGCUGGCGCUGCUCUUGCUGGGCGUGGCCGGGGCUGGGGGUGCCAUGUGUUGGCGGAGACGGCGGGCCAAGCCUUCGGAGAGUCGGCACCCUGGUCCUAGCUCCUUCGGGAGGGGCGGGUCUCUGGGCCUGGGGGGCGGAGGGGGACUGGGACCCCGCGAGGCUGAGACGGGGGAGCUAGGGAUAGCCCUGCGGGGCGGUGGGGCUGCAGACCCCCCCUUCUGUCCCCAUUAUGAGAAGGUGAGUGGAGACUAUGGGCAUCCUGUGUACAUUGUCCAGGAUGGGCCUCCCCAGAGCCCCCCAAACAUCUAUUACAAGGUAUGAGGCCUUCCCUACCUGGCUCUCCUGGGUCCGGCCCUUCUUGGAGUGCUCCAGUCGAAAUCGUGGCUUGAGGGACGCCUUCAGUAUCUCGUGGUCCCCUGCCCCGUCAGCUUCUGUGCCCCUCCUGGCUGGUGCCCUCCUCCACUUGAAGGAAUCCUUAAGACUUCCUUCGACCAAGCCACCUCCUGCCCUGGGGGACCCCUUACGCCCUUUACUAUCUCUGUGUUCCUGGGUCCUGAGGAAGGGGGCAGAGAUAACCUCCUCCUCCGACCCUGCCCCAAGGAUCCUUGUCCCCCUCACUGAGUGAGAGCCAGGGGAUGGGGACAGUCUUGGGGUCGGUACCUCUUCUUUUUGCCUCUCACUGUUUUUCUCUUCUCUUCUCUCUCAUUCUUUCUCUCUUCUGUCUCUAGGUCUGUUCCUCUUCCCUAGCCUUCUCCCUACAUCUCCUUUUACCCUCUUGGCUUCUUCUUCUGUGCCUCCUCUGUACCCCAGACUGGGGUCCUCCAAGCCUGUUUCCCCUCAGCUCUGCCCUCUCUUUUGACCUCUCUUACCAA